ACCAACGCCAUAUUCAACCUUUUCCCUCUCUCACUUCCAUGUGAUUAGGAACUCUGCUUGUCCUUCACUCCCCAGCUCUUCCCAAUAUUUUACUUCCUUCCCCCCCUCUCAACUUUCCUCCUAUUCCCUCUUCGUUUGCUCUCCCAACUUUCCCUCAAACUCUCAGCUGUCUGAAACGAUGAUUACUGGAAAGGACAUCUACGAUGUUCUUGCUGCAAUCAUCCCACUCUACGUUGCCAUGAUUCUUGCCUAUGGCUCAGUGAGGUGGUGGAAGAUUUUCACCCCUGAUCAGUGUUCCGGGAUCAACCGUUUCGUCGCUGUUUUCGCAGUCCCGUUGCUAGGCUUCCACUUCAUUUCCACCAACGACAUAUACGCCAUGAACUACCAUUUCUUGGCUGCCGAUUCUCUGCAAAAAGUUGUGAUUCUUGCAGCCCUUUUCCUCUGGCAGGCUUUCAGCAAGAAUGGCAGCUUGGAGUGGAUGAUCACUCUCUUUUCUCUCUCUACUCUCCCCAACACUCUUGUCAUGGGAAUCCCACUGCUCAGGGCCAUGUAUGGGGACUUCUCAGGCAAUCUGAUGGUGCAAAUUGUGGUUAUGCAAAGUGUCAUUUGGUACACUCUCAUGCUGUUCAUGUUUGAGUACAGGGGAGCAAAGCUGCUGAUUACUGAUCAGUUCCCUGAGACUGCUGGCUCCAUCACUUCAUUCAAGGUGGAGUCUGAUGUGAUUUCCCUCAAUGGCCGGGAGCCGUUGCAGGCCGACGCAGAGAUUGGGGAUGACGGUAAGCUACACGUUGUAGUUAAGCGGUCGACGUCUGCCUCCAUGAUAUCUUCCUACAACAAGGGCCUGCAUUCUAGUGCCAUGACUCCAAGGGCGUCCAAUUUGACCGGUGUCGAGAUUUACUCUGUUCAGUCAUCCCGGGAGCCUACUCCACGUGCAUCGAGCUUCAAUCAGACAGAUUUCUACGCCAUGUUUGCUAGCAAGGCUGCUAGCCCGAAGCAUGGCUACACAAACAGCUUUGGAGGGGACGUAUUCUCGUUGCAGUCAUCGAAAGGGGCUACUCCAAGAACGUCGAAUUUCGAUGAGGAAAUGAUGAAGAUGGCCAAGAAGAGGACGGCUCAAGGGAGGAGUAUGAGUGGUGAGCUUUUCAAUGGAGGGAUGCCGCCUUCCUAUCCACCUCCGAAUCCGAUGUUCUCCGGUCCUAGGAGGAAGGAAAGUGGCAGCAGCAACAACAAUAGUAGUGCUAAUCCAAACAAGGAGCUUCACAUGUUUGUUUGGAGUUCUAGUGCUUCUCCUGUCUCUGAGGCAAACAUGAGAAACGCUGUCAACAAGGCUGCUUCGGCUGAUUUCGCAAACAUCGAUGCUGCUAAAGCUGUUUUCCAACAAGAUCAUGCUGCUGCAUCAAGAGAAAACGAUAGCCCGGCUAGAAAAACAAACGGAGACAGCAAGGAGAUCGAAAUCGAGGAUGCUGCCAAGUUUCCCCCCAAUGCUUCCCCAUAUUCUUGUCAGAAGAAAAUGGAUCCAGAGGAAGGAGGAACAAUGGACAAAAAGACACAAAUGCCCCCUGCAAGUGUUAUGACCAGGCUUAUACUCAUCAUGGUCUGGAGGAAACUCAUCAGAAAUCCCAAUACUUAUUCAAGUCUUCUAGGCCUAAUUUGGUCUCUCAUUUCAUUCAGGUGGAACAUUCAGAUGCCAUCAAUCGUUAAAGGGUCGAUAUCGAUUUUGUCCGAUGCAGGUCUCGGCAUGGCCAUGUUCAGUCUAGGUUUGUUCAUGGCUUUGCAGCCAAAGAUCAUUGCUUGCGGAAAGUCAGUAGCCACAUUUUCGAUGGCCGUUAGGUUCUUGACAGGGCCUGCUGUCAUUGCCGCGACGUCCAUCGCCAUCGGCCUCCGAGGAGUUCUUCUCCACGUAGCAAUAGUUCAGGCGGCUCUUCCACAGGGAAUUGUCCCCUUCGUGUUUGCUAAAGAAUACAACGUCCAUCCAGACAUACUAAGCACUGCGGUUAUUUUUGGAAUGCUGGUAGCUUUGCCCAUUACAAUUCUAUACUAUGUGCUUCUUGGGGUUUAGGUUCUGUUUGGAUGAUGAAUCCAAGAAAGGGAUAAAGAAAUGAAGAUGGAUGCAUGCAUGCAUGCAGGAAAUUAAUUAUUUUUCCAUUGGA